ACAAAUGCAAACUGCACAUACUGUAAUGCACUGCCCACACUAACUUAUAUGGAGUGUUUCUCAUUCAAAGAUAUUGCUGUCUUGUGGUAUAGUAUGUGCAGAUUGUGCUGGAAAUUGAUCCCAUUACAUUGACUUGCAGAUAUGCACCCUAGGUCUAAAAAUCCACUUUCCUGAAACAGCAGUACACAGGUUGUACUUGGGGUAUUCGUCAAGCAACCAUAUGCAUACUGGCCUUGGUAUUUUGCAGAACUUGUGUGUUAUUAAGCCCGCAAUAUACUUCUCUUAUUAAGCCCACAAUAUCUUCAUGCAUAGUUGCAGAGAAGCCAUGUGUUUGGCAAUGCUAAAAGGAUGCUGGUGUACCACCCAGCUGAAUGACAGAUGACUGAAAACCCAGCUGAAGUAAUAAAGUAGACAAGAAAUCAAAUGAACUAGUACAAAAUUUUGUCAUGUCAGCUGGUGCAACAUCCUGCCAGGAAGAGCAGCUAGGACUCAAUGAGGAUACAAAUCAGACACAUGCAACUAAUUCUCAUACAUCACCUGAAUCUAAACCAGAUCUUAGCUCCCGAGAAACAGUAGACCCACAAGGGCACAAGCAUGCAUCAAUACCAGCUACCUGUUUACCAGCUGUCCAAGAUGUUGCUGCUGCCUCUUCAGAGAGUGCAUCCUGCAGUGUGGGAGACAUGCUUGCCUCAAUCUCAUAUGCCUCUGAAAAUCAUUCAGAAGAAGUGCUGGCACACAACACUGCUGUGGCGCCGCCUGCUGCAGCUGUCUCUACCUCUGCCUCACCCCCGUCUGCCCCUCAGCCGGCCUGCGUGCCUCGGUCCGACCUCGCUCCGCCCGCUCCCGAGUCCCCCUCACAACGGUCCGCGGUUGACGAUCAGCCGGCGCCGCCGCCGUGCGCGGCCGGGGAGCUGGCCGCCGGCCGCGGCUCUCCCACCGAGGAGGCCGAGCGCGUGCACCUGCCGGCCGUCGAGGGCGCCGGCUCUGCUACCACCGCCGCCACCUCGGCUGCGGCGGCCGCCACGCACGUCUCGGACGCGGCGCACCACAUCAAGUGGGUCAAGUUCCACGGUGUGCGCUCGCCCGUCAUCACGCAAAACGUGAACGGCCCAUGCCCGCUGCUGGCGCUCAUCAACGUCAUGCUGUUGAAAGGCAAGGUGCAGCUGCCGCCGGCGCUUGACGUCAUCACCAUCGGCCAGCUGAUGGACUACGUGGGCGACGCCAUGCUGGAUACGAUGCCGACCGACCUGGCGGCGCAGACGCAGCCCGACUUCGAACAGAACAUGCAAGACGCGGUAGUUAUUCUGCCGAAGCUGCAGACAGGUCUGGACGUCAACGUCAAGUUUUGCGGCGUUCAGGAGUUUGAGUACACUUCCGAGUGCUGCAUAUUUGACCUGCUGAACGUGCGGCUGUACCACGGCUGGCUGGUGGAGCCCGGCCUGCCCGACCUGUGCCGCGCCGUCGGCCAGUGUGGCUACAACCAGCUCGUCGACAAGAUCAUCACCAACAAGUCCUCGGACGACCCCACGCUGGCGCACGACGCCCUGCUGGCCGAGACGUUCCUGGAGACGACGGCGUCGCAGCUGACCACGCACGGCCUGGCGCAACUCACCAGCACCAUGCGCGACGGCGAGCUGGCCGUCUUCUUCAGGAACAACCACUUCAGCACCGUCUACAAGUGUCAGGACCAGCUGUACCUGCUGGUGACAGACCAGGGCUUCCUGCGCGAGCCGCGUGUCGUCUGGGAGACGCUCAACUCGACCGACGGCGCCGGACAGUUCGUGAAUGGCCAGUUCGAGCCACUGGCUGCCGAGCCACCGCCGCCGCCGCCGCCCGGCGCCGAGCAGGUGGACCGCGACUACCUUGUGGCGCUGACGCUGCAGGAGGAGAGUUCGCGGCAGCAGGCGCAUGACAUGCAGUGGGAGGAGUACAAGCAGGCCGAGUUCGGCAACGUCGACACGCUAACCGACGCUGAACUGGCGCGCAAGCUGCAGGACGAAGAGGAACGGGGGGCGAGGGAGCAGCAGCAGCAGCAGCAGCAGACGCAGCAGACGCAACAACAGCAGACACAGCAGCAACAGCAGCAGCAACGGCAGGCCCGGGUGGAAGGCACCAGCAGAUCAGAGAGCAAGAAGAAAACCUGCAGCGUCAUGUAGCAGCAGCGGAGGCCGGCUCGGUGUCGGCGGCCGCCCCUGCUCCCUCUCCCUCCCCUCCCACCGGCUCGCCGCCACCGCGACGGCCGCCCAUCCGGCCGGCUUCGACCCGGCUUGUUUGCGCUUCAAAGCGGCGUGCGGCCUGGCGGGCGGGCGCGCGCCCCGGUGAAGCCUUGGCCGCCGG